UUGCACUGAUAAGAGUGCGAUGUGUUAUCUGUUGUUGUUAGGCAAUUUUUAAACAAUGCCAAGCGGUUAAAGUAUGUAAAACUGUGAUUGACGCGUUAUUAAUAAGAAAAAUGUCGAAAAACGAUGAUAACUUAAUUAGUAUUAUUAAUAAAUUGGUAGGGGUUUUACUGUUUGAAAAUUUAUUAAAUUCUUUACAAAACUUAAAAAAAAAUUCGUCACUUUACAUUGUUUAUAACUGCUUUUAUUGAUAGUUAAACUUUUGGUUACAUUUUUAGUAACUUUGUUGUUUAAAGUCAAUUUAUGGGUACACCCUGUAUUAGAAACGGCCAAAAUUAGGUAUGCAGUUAUAAAAAUUAAUUGUCUUUCAUGAAUUAAUUUGAAUAAAUUAGGUUUUUUCAAAGGAAAACGCAAUUUAAGUCACAAUAUUUCAUUAUUUUUAUUUUAAAGUCAAUUUGCCGUUACACCCUAUAUUGAAACUUAAUCAAAAGUUGUGAAUAGAUUAACAAUUUAAUUCUCUUCCUAAAUUUGAAAACAAAAUUUUGUUAUCACCAAUAGUUUAUCAGUAAAUUAAGUUUUUCCGAACAGAAACACGACUUAAGUCAAACAUUUUUCAAUAUAUCUGAUUUAAACUCAAUUUACUGCUACACCCUAUAUUAAAUCAUAACAAAAAUGACUCCUCUAAUCAAAAAUUUAAUCCUCUUUCAAAUUAUGAAAGCAAAAUUCUGUUAUCACUAAAAGUUUAUCCGUAAAUCACGAUUUUCUAAACAAAAACACAAAUUAAGUCACAUAUGCGCCCAAUACUUUAACCAUUAGACAACAUUAGACAAAUACGAAAACAGAAAACACUAGCAGUCACUUGAUGAGAUGGUGAGAACACUAGUCUGGCGACGAAUGGGACUUAAGUCGCAUCUUCCUGCCCCCUCUCCAUUCUUCGUCCCGAAAUUCGUGCGUCAGCACACACAUUUCACACGCGCCGAUUUCGAGUUAUUCCCAUCCCCAAAGCAAACGCACUUCACCUCUACACCUCUGCACUUCUUCACGUCACAGCACAUCUUCACCUCCUCACCAAUCACUCAACACCAAAUUACAAACUAAUUAAUUAGUGCCAGCAAGUGACUUAAGUGUUUUCUCUAAAUUAAAAUAAAAAAAAAAUAAAAAAAUAAAAAAGUGUGUGAAUAUGUUUGAUUAUCGUUAUCACAAACACGAUACGGGAUACGCAAGCGCAGAAACCGAAAGCUCUCUUGGAAGUAUAGACACCGAUGAUGAUGAUUUCGAAGAAACAACCGCGAAAACCAAAUCACGAAAGAGUUUGCAUCAAAAGAAUAAGAAAAUUCGGCGUGAAAAGGAUGAAAUUCAGCAUAUUGGUGACGUAACGCAUGAUUUACACGGUUUAGGUGGGAAUAUUCAUGGGGAUGAUCAUCAUGCGCAUCCUUUGGGGGGUGGUGGGGGUGGUAAUAAUCCGCGGAGGUGUUUAACGUGGGCGUGUAAGGCGUGCAAGAAGAAGACCGUGUCGGUUGACCGACGGAAAGCAGCGACUAUGCGUGAGAGACGACGGCUGAGAAAAGUAAAUGAAGCUUUCGAGUUGUUAAAACGCCGCACAUGCAACAACCCAGGCCAAAGACUGCCAAAGGUCGAGAUUCUGCGCAGUGCAAUCGAAUACAUCGAAUAUCUGGUUGAGAUUCUACAAGGAUCCAAGAUGGCCGCCGCUGGUAACACCGAUGCGAACGGAAUAAAUCACUCGCAUCAAUAUAUUAUGGGUGGUGCAUUUGUUUCUGAUCGUCUCGGUCACUUCCAAGCGCCAUCUACAACCGGAACCUCUGUAAACAUCACCGAUACAACCUGCAGGAGCAACAUUAGCAACUCAAACAAGUAUCAAAUGAGUGGAAUAGCAACAAAUCAACAUCCAAACAACGGUGAACAUCAAUCAUCUUUAGAUUGCCUCAGCAUGAUUGUCCAAAGCAUCAGCGAACAUCGCGGCAAACAAAACCAAGAACCAUCCAAAGACAACGAACCAGCAUCAGAAACAAAUAAUUUCUGUGUUAAUCAUAAUCACAAUCAAAAUAUGUUUAACUUUGAGAUGCAAAAGGGACGCAAAUUCGAAUGCAGAUAAAAUUAUUGAAUAUUUUUUAGUGAUUUACGUUUAAAAUCACAGCUGAGGAACGCAGAAAAAAAAAACUCGUAGAAAUGUAAUAUCCGCGCGUAAAUAUUGACAGAGUUAAUGGUUGAACGUUUUUCCUUUCACUUUGAAAGUGUAAUCAGCAAAAACCCCGCUGGCAAAGCUUAAAACACAAAAAUCGACAAAAAAAAAAGAAAAA